AUGACACAAGGCCCGCCCGUACAGAAUGAACAAGAGAGCGUUGAUACACCACAUGAAGGUAUACAACAAGAAUUAAAUGACACUAGGCCCGUACAGAAUGAACAAGAGGGCGAUGAUACACCACAUGAAGAUAUACAACAAGAAUUAAAUGACACAAGGCCCGUACAGAAUGAACAAGAGGGCGAUGAUACACCACAUGAAGAUAUACAACAAGAAUUAAAUGACACAAGGCCCGUACAGAAUGAACAAGAGAGCGGUGAUACACCACAUGAAGAUAUACAACAAGAAUUAAAUGACACAAGGCCCGUACAGAAUGAACAAGAGAGCGGUGAUAGACCACAUGAAGAUAUACAACAAGAAUUAAAUGACACAAGGCCCGUACAGAAUGAACAAGAGAGCGGUGAUAGACCACAUGAAGAUAUACAACAAGAAUUAAAUGACACAAGGCCCGUACAGAAUGAACAAGAGAGCGGUGAUACACCACAUGAAGAUAUACAACAAGAAUUAAAUGACACAAGGCCCGUACAGAAUGAACAAGGGAGCAGUGAUACACCACAUGAAGGUAUACAACAAGAAUUAAAUGACACAAGGCCCGUACAGAAUGAACAAGAGGGCGAUGAUACACCACAUGAAGAUAUACAACAAGAAUUAAACGACACAAGGCCCGUACAGAAUGAACAAGAGAGCGGUGAUACACCACAUGAAGAUAUACAACAAGAAUUAAAUGACACAAGGCCCGUACAGAAUGAACAAGAGAGCGGUGAUACACCACAUGAAGAUAUACAACAAGAAUUAAAUGACACAAGGCCCGUACAGAAUGAACAAGAGAGCGGUGAUAGACCACAUAAAGAUAUACAACAAGAAUUAAAUGACACAAGGCCCGUACAGAAUGAACAAGAGAGCGGUGAUAGACCACAUGAAGAUAUACAACAAGAAUUAAAUGACACAAGGCCCGUACACUACUGGACGAAAAAACGUCUGUCCAUACCAGUAACAGUCGUUCUAAGACUGAUAAGGUCUGUUAAAGUUGUAACAGUUCUUAAAUUUCACUGCUUCAGUUAUUUUGUAACUGUCCCAACUUUAAAAGUGUUUGUCUACAACAUAAUUCGACUGCAACAACGCAAGAAAUAA